AUGCCUAACAGCUUUAAGUGUCCGGAUUGUGUAAGCAAACAGCCGCGUAAAGACAAUUCGGAUACGCCAAUUAAGGUGAUAACAGAUCUUAAUAAAAGCGAAUCUUCAGCGUCUUCACCAUUAGAGUAUUGUGACUCUGAUGACAAAUGGUCACAAAUUAUGCAGGAACUUAAAUCCGAAAUAAUAUCAAUGCGCCAAGAAAUUAAUAACUUUAGCGCAAAAUUUGAUAAAGUUUAUACGGUGGUAGGCGAUUUAUGCAAGCGAGUCGACUGUAUGGAACACAGAUUAGAUGCGCUUGAGCAACAAAAAAAUUGUGAACCACCUUCAAAUUGUAGUAAUAAAUUUAGUGAAAUGAUGGAAUGUCUUAAAAUGGAGCUAAAUGACCGCGAUCAAGAACAACUUCUUAUGGAUGUAGAAAUUUCCUGCCUCCCAGAAGUUAAAGGUGAAAAUCCAACACACCUCGCUAUUCUUAUUGCUGAAAAACUGGCUGUGAAGUUGUCUGAGGAGGAUAUUGUUAGUGCGGAGCGUAUGGGACCAGUGCAAGUGAUGCGCAAGCACAGGGAAGUUUCGCCAAAUGGCAGUAAACGUAAAUUGCGGGAAGCGUUCCGCUGUAAGCAUUAUAGCAACCAAUCUCGUGGAUUGGAUUUGAAGGUUUACUUACCUCAUGUAUAG